AGACGAAAACGACGUCGAAAACAUGUUCAAAAGCGCUUUGAUUCAAGGCGCAAGCCGCGGUAUUGGUCUUCAAAUGUGCCGUUACUUGCUUUCUAAACAAACAUCUGUGAUUGCAACAUGCAGAGACCCUUCAAAAGCCCAAGAAUUGACUCAACUUAAAAUCGAUCAUGGCGACCUCCUAUCAAUUCAUCGUGUCGAUGUCUUAGAUGAAAAUCAAAUGUCUGAAGUGGCUGUUAGCGUUGGAGAUACGAAACUCGAUUUGUUGGUAAACUGCGCUGGGAUGCUGCACCCUAGUGGUAAAGGAGAAACAAGCCUGCGAGAGGUCGAUCUACGAAGUCUACAGACGACUUUAGCAACGAAUGCGUUAGGCCCCUUGAUAAUGGCGAAACAUUUUAGUCCAAUGCUAACGAAGAGAACCAGUCCAGAUAAGAAUGCUUUGGCUGGGAUUCUGGUAAAUAUAUCAGCAAGAGUUGGAUCGAUCUCGGAUAACGCUUUAGGUGGCUGGUACAGUUACAGAAUGUCUAAAUCGGCUCUCAAUAUGGCUACGAAAAAUCUCAGUAUCGAGCUUGGAAGGAAGCGGGUCAUAUGUGUUUGUUUACAUCCUGGAACAGUGAACACAGAUUUGUCUAGACGAUACCACAGAAAUAUUGACCCCGCCAAGAUAUUUACCCCGGAGUAUUCUGUGAAUUGCCUGAUGAAGGUGAUUGAAGGACUGGAAGUGAAGGAUAAUGGGAAGUUUUUUGCUUGGGACGGAAAGGAAAUUCCUUGGUAAAUGACGUGUCGUACACGGUCAUUAAUGCAAAAUUGAUCACGGAUUAUUUUGAAACCUCAUUCGAAAUUCCCUUGCUGGAAAGGAAAAUACCGGCACUUGAUCACAAGUAGUCUCAUUUUGUGAUACUU